CCGACCUCCCGGUACGACUGUCUUUCUUUCUCUGUCUUCUCCUUUACCGUCUGACGGGUCAAUAUAUAGGCCAAUAAACAAUGUCCUCCACGCGCCACAAUGCAUCGGCAACCUCGUCUGAAAGAAAACGCUUGCGCGAUAGACGGGCUCAACAGAACCUGCGAGAGAAACGGGAGAACCGCAUGAAAGCGUUAGAGGAACGGGUGGCCCAUUGCGAGAAGAAUCACGGCACCGAGUUGAUCAAGAACUGCAUGCUCACCGUCGACAGCGUUAGACGGGAGAAUGAGCUUCUUCUUGCUCGACAAGAACACCUUCGUCGUCUGUUUCAGAGCUGGGAAGGUCAAGGCAACGGCACGACGGCGACGCGGCUAACACAUUCUUCAACAUAUCUGGCGUCCAACCCUCUACCAGCACCGACGACACCAAUUUGUAGUCCAGGCAGUGAAACGGUCUUGGUGGAUCCGGAGAUCUACACUAUUUCUCGCUGGUCCGUCAAUGGUAUAGACUCUGCACAGCUCGGGUCAACUACCGAUGGUCUCACAGCUCCAUCGAUGACUAGCACGUGGCCCGUGGGGUCAGACAAUCCAACCUCAGCCUCUCAAAUUAUCGAGCUUUCCCUAAUGCCUGACCUGCACCCCACACCAGGGCCAGACACGUGCCCCUUGAUUACCCCCAAGGAAUAUAGUCUGAUGACUGCUCAUAGUCGGAGGUGGUCGGGAUGGUUAGCUCUGUCGGAUACCAUUGCCAAGCUACCUCUGUUAGCGUCUCCGUUCGAGCUACUACAUGGCUCCAGACGUAACUGGCUGGCGGACCAAGUGAACCGACUCCUUCGGCGGCUGAGCCUCCGAGAACCUGACCGUUUCGCACUAAGCUGGAUCAUGUAUGGGUUUGUAAGAUGGCGGGCUAACCCGACCCCGCUCGCAUUCGCCAACAUGCCAACAUUCCUACAACCUGUGGCGGGGCAGGUGCGGCCCGAUCAGCACCCCGAAUUGAUCUUCUUUUUGUGGCCGCAGCUACGGGUCAACGUACUGGAACAUUGGGACACAGUUGAUAUUCUAGAGCUCUAUAGAUAUGCGAUCAGCGCCUGUAGAGUACGAUGGCCGUCCUCCCAGAGCAUCUGGGACUGGGAUGAUCACGACAACAUGUUUGUGAAGCCUGAAUUCUUUCAGACCUUCAUGGACCGGAGUGGCUGGGGAUUCACUUCGGUCUUCAUUGAUAAAUACCCACAGUUGAUGAAGGGGAUGAAUGUGGAGCACAUCCGGUACGACAUUCCGUAGAUCCGCCUAUUGCUACACUUUCAAGGCAGACCCAGAAAUGAUCAAAAAUGAUGUCUAUCUUAAUGAAAGGGAUACCCCAGCCUGUCUGACUGCGCAUAAAAAAAAUACAUCCACUUUUCUCGAAUCGGAUCUGUCGCAAUCAGAUUCCAGAGUAUCCUAUUAGUUGGCUGUCCAUGGAUGGUUCACUCUUAUGCACGGCACUGAAUCAGCGUCGCAUCGUUUUCGUUGGGACCUAACAGCCUUAUCCUGUUGACGCAUAAUGAUUGGCUCAGCUUUACCAGCAUGUCAAAGAGCUGAAUCAGCGUGGGGGUAAACUUUGAGCUCUGGCUUUGACAAAUCCCCAUCAAUAUAUAUCCGUGCUUUAGGGUGGUUGACCAGUUUAAUUGUGUAUAUCGCCAUUUCCUAUGUACUACAUACUCUGUCUGCACGGACAUAUUCUGUUUUGUGUGAAGUUUUACGGUUUGUGAUUCAUUUAUAUGUAAAUAUGUCAUAUACAUCUUUGCCUCUAAGUCUACCAUUUCUCCUAGCU